AGGACCGCCUUUUCCUGUGUCAUAGUUCUUCGCCGCUUGGGCUCCAUGGCUUCUCUGGGAAGGCAGGUUCCCAAGUGGCAUCGGCCACUGGCCCUCUCCUGGGCCUGUUUGGCUAAGCAGACCCCUCAUCUUAGAGAACAGAAACAGAUGAGUCCUUCUUUGUUUUGCAAACUGACUACAGCGCCCAGUAGAGGAAGCUUGCAAGAGUUUUCCAGCGUUAGACCCAAAAAGUACGUGCAGGAACCAGAGUACAGGACUCGGCUUGUUCAGUGUCUUCAUGAGGAACAGAAGACUUGUGUGGGUCCUGAGGCCUUAGAGCCUGAAAAGGUCAUCAGUUCCCUCCAGGACAUGGGGUUUGCCGAAGCCCACAUUAACAGCUUGCUUAGUAUACAGCCAAGUGUCCAUCCUCGACAGUUGCUGGACAUAAUUUCAGAACUCCUACUCUUGGGGUUGAACCCAGAGCCUGUAUUUAAUGCCUUGAAGAAAAAUCCCCGGUUACUUAAACUGUCUACCAUGCAGAUGAAGAAGCGUUCCAGUUACCUUCGGAAGCUUGGCCUCGGAGAAGGGAAACUGAGGCGGGUACUUGAUAUUUGCCCUGAGGUUUUCACCAUGCACCAGCAGGACAUUGACAAUGUCGUAAAGGUCCUCAAGGAGAAGUGCUUGUUUUCAGUACAGCAUAUCACAGACAUUCUGCACAGAUGCCCCUCUGUCUUGCAGGAGGACCCCAAUGAGCUAGAGUACAAAUUCCAGUAUGCAUAUUUCAGGAUGGGACUUACACAUCUAGACAUAGUCAGGACGGAUUUCUUACAGUAUGCCAUAACCAAGAUCAAGCAGAGACACAUUUACCUGGAGCGCCUUGGACGGUACCAAACCCCUGAUAAGAAGGGGCAGACACAGAUCCCUAAUCCCUCGCUGAAGAACAUUUUCAGAGUUUCUGAAGCUGAGUUUUUGACCAGGACAGCCUGUUCCUCUGUUGAGGAGUUUAAAGUUUUUAAAAAGCUCUUGGAUCAAGAGGAAGAGAAGUUUGAGAGCCAUGCAUCUGAAGAGAAAGAAGAGGAGGAGGAAGAAGAGGAGGAGGACGAGGAGGAGGAGCUGCUGUGACAGAGCACUGGGGUGUCAGAGGUCAUUCUCAUAUUCUGAAGCCUUGGGGAGGCUAUCCAUAUUCACCUGGAUCUUCUCAAGCACCUUUGAUCCCAACACUGGUCUUUUGAUUGGGGGGAAAAACCCAACCUGUAAUGAUCCACUGGAGAUACAGGUAGAUACACCAAACCAAAUGAGGGAUGCUUUGUGGUGGGCUAGUGGCUUCUGUGGGAGGCCCUACUCCUUCCUAAAUAAAGGACUCGGCUGUCAAAAUUCA